UCCAAAUAGUAAUAUCAAAACCAGCUAAAUACAAUUCGCUAAGUCCGACACACACUCUCUCUCUAGUCUCUAUAUAGUCAACUACCCUUCCCUACUCAUUUCCACUCAAUAUCCGACCACCGCUCUAUCCAAUCCCAAUCUACACUUUCCCUGUUCCACCGUUGAUCAACAACAAUGGCCCCGAUUGCUGUUGGUGAUUCCUUACCUGACGGAACCCUUAGCUUCUUUGACGAAAAUGACGAUCUCCAAAACGUAUCCGUACACUCUCUGGCCGCCGGUAAGAAGGUCGUUCUCUUCGGCGUUCCCGGUGCAUUCACUCCUACUUGCAGCACUAAGCACGUACCGGGUUUCAUUGAGAAAGAAGCUGAAUUCAAGGCUAAGGGCGUCAACGAAAUUUUCUUAGUUAGCGUCAAUGACCCGUUUGUCAUGAAAGCAUGGGCUCAAACCUACUCUGGUAACAAGAAUGUUAAGUUCCUUGCUGAUGGAGCUGCAAAGUACACCCACGCUCUCGGCCUUGAGCUUGAUCUUUCAGAGAAAGGACUGGGAAUCCGUUCUAGGAGGUUUGCUCUAGUAGUGGAUAACCUAAAGGUGACGGUUGCAAACGUCGAAAAUGGGGGAGAGUUUUCUGUCUCCAGUGCUGAUGACAUCCUCAAGGCUCUUUGAGUUUGUGUUGUUUUGGUGGCCUGGUGUCAUAGUCUCAUACAUGUUUCCUUUAUGACUCUCUUUCGUUUUAAAGGUUCUUUGUUAAACAUGGAGCACUAUACUUAUUUAAUAUGGAAAUAAAUGAGGUGAUUCCUUUACA